AUGCGUUACACCAUUGCUGCCUUUGCGCUCGCCGCCACCGUUGCCGCCGUUCCCCAGUACGGAUACGGACCUGCUGAGAGCGUGCCCGCUUACCCCGAGUACCCCUCCGUCCCUUCGGCGCCUGUCACUCCUGUCCCUUCUUCCAAGGCACCUGAGUACCCCGUUGAGACUCCCGUUGUCCCGGUCCCCUCCUCCAAGGCGCCCGAGUACCCCGAGUACCCCGUCGAGACUCCCGUCACUCCCGUUCCUUCUUCCAAGGCACCUGAGUACCCCGUCGAGACCCCCGUCACUCCCGUUCCUUCUUCCAAGGCACCUGAGUACCCCGUCGAGACUCCCGUCGUCCCGGUCCCCUCCUCCAAGGCGCCCGAGUACCCCGUCCACACCCCCGUCGUACCGGUCCCCUCCUCCAAGGCACCUGAGUACCCCGCCGAGACCCCCGUCGUCCCGGUCCCCUCCUCCAAGGUCCCUGAGUACCCCGCGGAGACUCCCGUGACUCCCGUCCCUACCUCCAAGGCUCCCGAGCACUCCGGUAAGCCUCCUAAGCCUACUGCAUCGUGCGCCAGCUCAACAACCAUCACUGUCACAGUUCCCUACCCCACUGGCACCGCUCCGGUCCCUGCUGGCCCCAAGCCCUCCGCCCCUGGCGUCCCCGGCGUCCCGGCUCCCUACCCCAGCAAGCCCGUCGGCCCUGCUCCCUACCCUAUCCCCUCCGGCACUGGCGUCAAGCCUUCCGUCCCUGCCGCCGGCACUGGAUACCCCACCAGCGGCUACACCAAGCCCAGCACACCCGCUGAGUUCACCGGUGCUGCCUCUGCCCUCAACGCUGCUGGCUUCGUUGCUGGUGUCGGUGCCUUCGCCGCUUUCUUCUUGUAA